CUGCUCUUCUUCUCCCCUGCAGCUCCCGAAAGCCCCCAAGCUGCCGACUUCCAUACUUGAAAGAAAAACCCGGUAGAAAGCUUGAAAUUUCUCCUUCUUUCUUGCUCAAUAACAAGUUUUAGGACUUAGAACUCUCUCUCUCAACCCAGAAAUUUCAGAUCUACUCGGUGUCUCUUCCUCUCUUGUCCGUCGGUUUCUGCUGGGUGUGAAUCCUUCGGCUUUUUCUGUUCCCGUGAGUUUCCCUCCAGGAUCCCGUCGGCUUCCUCACCAGCCAAGCUCGGUUUCUGCUGGGAAAAUUCUGGUAUAUUGACAGCUUCCCUUAAGUCCAAUUUCACCCAUUUAAUUGCUGAAAUCAUCCAUGUAAUUGCUGCCCCUGUACUGUUCAAAUUUCUGCCGAAAUAGGGGAAGAAAUUAGCAGCCUUUAAACGUGUUUUUUUUAGGCUUAGUUCAUGUAGAAAUAAACCUGUUUUGGCUUGAAAUUUAGCUGCUGUUCUGCGUGAAAAUCCUGCUGUUUUGCCAAAGAUUUUACUGUUCACGCGCACCAGUUACUGUUCACGCAGAAAAUUCUGCAAUUUGCUACUGUUUUCUGCUCCUUUUCAGUCCGUUUCUGCUCUGAAAAAUCUGAUGAAAUAUCCAUUUUUCUGGUCUUUUAGCUGGCUGUAGUUGAAUUCUGGAAAUAUCAGUUACUGUUUACAUGUACUGUUCACGGGGGCACUGUUCACGCACUGUUCACAAAUACUGUUCACGCACUAAUGGCCAACAAUUAACGGGGAUUUAAAUGUUUAAUUUGUAAUAUAAGAGCGAAUUUGGAGAUGUCUGGUAAUGUAGAGAUUGAUAGAAAUAGCAUUGUGAUUAUGGGUGAUCCUAAUGAAGUUUUCACUUUGAAUUUUUUAGCACUGAGAUCGAAUCUUCGGUUUUAUGCGAGUGAGGUAAGUAAAUUUAUGAUAAUGCCUGUAUAGUUUUUAAAAGCAUGUUUUGACUUGUUUUUGAAGUGGUGGUAGGACUAAACCUGUUUUAUGCAAAAGUAAGUAUGACUGAUUUGAAGUGAAAUUUUUAUGCUUUUUAUUAAAUUGAGCCUGCCUACUUGAAAUUUAAUUGUUUGUUCUGAUGAUUUAAAAGUGAUUGGUGAAUUAUGAUUUUUCUGUUAACUUCUACUUGUUUUGUCUCCGAUAUAGUCAUGUUAUUAGUGACCCUGCUAGUGGGGGUUAAACGCUAGCACAUGUUGAUAUGUUAUUGAUAGAGUCGGUUCGUUCGAGUGACCCUGCUAGUGGAGAUUAUACAACAGCAAAUAGUGUAGCUUGCCAAUGGGAGGUUUAUAACACUGGCUAUGACCUAUAGAGAAGACGUCUAUUUUAUUUCUGCACUAUAACCAUUUUUCGUGAUUACACUUGUUGGCAUGCUAUAAGUUCAAUAUGGUGCACUCCAUAUUUUACUUACUGAGUUUAUCUCAUAGUUUUUCCUUGUCCAUCAUUUCAGGAAGCGAAACUGAGGAUGGGGAAACCACGAGAAGUGACGAGUUAGGAGAUGUAGAGAAUUCGGGGAAGGGUAAGUGGUUAACGAAGAAGGUGACAACGCUACAUUUAUAAUGACUUUAAGUACAAGUGAAUCAACUGCAUUUUUAGCUAUUAUUGAUUCUUUUUGUUUACCUAGUAUUAAGGUAUUAAUCUUGUGAGACUUCAUCUUGUGUUAUGAUAAAGUGUAAAAUUAAUAAAUGGUUGUAUGAAAUAUUAAACUAAAUUUAUGGAAGCUUAUUGAACUUAGCCUUUUGUUGUUGAAGUUCAGCUUGUAUCAAUAACAUUGUAAUCUUUGUAAAAUGUGGCUUUGAAAGACACCAAAAACAAAUAAAUGUGGCUUUGGAAG